GACAAAUGAAAAGGCAUACAUAAAGAUGAGGCUUAUGGUACUGCUGUUACUAGUGUGUUGUUUCCUCCCUGUUUUUACUAGCGCUAUAACGCCAGACAACAACAAAAAUGAAGCAUCAAGGCAAGACGCUGCUGCUACUGGAAUUGGAACGAAUAUUUUGACUUCCCUCACUAACUUGCUGUCACCAUCAUCAUCAUCAUCAUCUCCACUUAUUCUGUUACUGCUUUUACCAUUACUGUCGUUCUUAUAUAUUUUAUCGGCUGCCGGACCACUUUUUUCUUCACUGAUUAACAGUGGUCUUGGAAACCUGGGUAACCUAGGUCCUGGUUCUCUCCCAGGCUUGCUAACCGGAACAGGGGUAGCUGCUGCAGCCAAUCCAGGUUUCUACUACCGUAAGCAAAGGUCAGCUAAUGUGGAUGGAGGAAGCGCCUUCUGGGAUAUUUUAACCACCGUGGAGGACGCCUUGAAGAAAUACGAGAAUGGAGAGUCAAAUAGCCAAUUUUAACUUUUGCAAGAGUACAAAGACAGCAAUAAACGACUCCUUUAAAGCAGUGCUCAAGGGAAUGGUACAUAAAGAUUGUGCUGCCAUCUAUUGUCCAUUGUCCAGAAUACUAGACCUAAAUCGUAUAUCUGUUCAAAGAAGUCAUACAUCGGUGAUCAAAAUGUCUAUUUGAAAAUCGACGAAACGGGUAGUUUUUUACAUUAAAUUCUGUAGGUUACAUUAGACUACAGAAUAACUUUUAAUACAGAGUAUUUUCACAUGUAUCUACCAUGUAAUACUUCAAUGAACAUAAUGUAGCGCCACCUAACAUUCUUUCACGUAAUAAUUCUACUCAUACCACACACAUUAAGUGCUAUUAGAUACUGGCCAUCAACGAAUUAUUUUAUUUCUUCUUUAAAAAAAGUGAUUUAUUUCGUAAGAUUUUUUUGUUUUAUCUAUUAUACUUUUAAUUGUAUUUUUAAUUGUUUCUUUAGCACCUGAUAUAAUUAGAAAGUAUUCACACAUUUACAUAAACAUGGAACUGUUUAAGCAGAUAAAGUAGUCUGCACAGUAUGAAUGACAUCUAUUUUGUGAAACUUGUCUUUUGUUUCUGUGUUGUGCUAUUUUCUCUGACGUCUAAUUAUUGUUAUAAAUACGUCAUAUCAAUCAAUUUUCUCUUUGAAGAAAUAAGUGACAAAUAGAUAUUUAUCUCACUUGAAAAUGUAUUUUAGAUUCUAACUAACAUAUUACUUUACUCAUCGGUGUAAGUAUUAUCUUUUAGUUGAUUCAACGGUUCAAUUGAGACAUUUAUUUUGUUAAUAUCAAGUCGAAGAUAGAAGCUUGAGCCACAUUUCCCACACAAUAUUUUUAAUAUAAUAAUAUUAUACUAGGUAAACAGCAUUUAAUGUCAAUGCCAUUUUCGUUAUGACGUCAUGACAAACUCUCAUUUGAAAUUGCUGUGUGCAUUUUUGCUAAAUAAUUCUUUACUCAUUAAAUAGUUCAAAUAUGAAAUAUCUAAACACUUAACACAAUGCAGCGUUUUCUCUAGACCUAU